AUGGACUAUCUCCAUAACGAUUCGUGGAGAAACAUGUCUUUAGAUGCAUCUGCGUCAUCGUUCAGUGGACUCCAGCUCCUGAUGGACCUGAAGCCGCUCUUCAUCCCUCUUUAUGCAGUGCUAGUCCUGGUAGCGUGCUCUGGAAAUCUUCUCCUCCUCAUCCACAUCGGACUGAACAAGAAACUUCACAGCACCACAAACUUCCUCAUCGGAAACCUGGCCCUGGUUGACCUGGUUAUGUGCCUGUUCUGUGUUCCCCUGACCGCGUUUUACGCCUUUGAUGAGCGCGGUUGGGUUUUCGGACAGUUCAUGUGUCAUUUUGUUACCCUGAUGCAGACUGCGACUGCGUUUGCGGCAGUCCUGUCAUUAACCGCCAUUGCGGUGGACCGAUAUGUGGUGGUUGCCUACCCUAUUCGGCGGCGAGGGGGUCGUUCCUUCUGCGUCUGGUUGGUGGUCAGCGUAUGGCUCUGUGCUUUGGCAAUGUCCACCCCCACUGCUUUGCACACGGUGUACCUGGAUCUGAGUGCAACUGGCCACGAAAUGGCAGUUUGUGAGGAGUUCUGGCACGGGCAGGAGCUCGGUCGUCUAAUAUAUUCAUGUUUCUUCCUGCUUCUUUCCUAUUUUGUUCCUCUAGCAGCAGUUUCCAUUUCCUACUGUGCAAUCUCCUGCCACCUGCAGCACAGAGCUACUCGGCUCAUGGCCGCUACACCUUCCAACCAGGAAAAGUGGGGGCGCAAGAGGCGCAAGACUUUUCGUCUCCUCCUGGUGUCUGUGCUGUCAUUCGCGUUCUCCUGGCUCCCCUUGCAGGUAGUCAACCUCAUUCGCGACCUGGACACCGACUUCGCCAUCCUGAGCAAGAAUCACGUCAAUGUGAUACAGGUGUCCUGCCACUUGUUAGCCAUGAGCUCGGCUUGCUACAACCCCUUCAUUUAUGCUUCUCUUCACAAGAAGUUCCUGUCAUAUCUAUGCCAGAACAUAUUUCAAAGAAGAAAACCGCGUCGUACUCAGAGCAGCCUCACAACCUCCAGCCGAAUGAUCCGCAUGAAUACUUCUAGUACUCUAGCUGACAUUCCCAUGGCCAUUAGUAAGAUUUCACAAGAUUGAAUCUUCACCACACAGUUGUUGCUUCUUUAGGUGCUAGAACUGAACAGCCUGAAGGCAAAUUCUGUACCAUCACAACUGUUUUGUUAAACCAAUGACUCUUUUCUUAAAGCUAUAUGAACAUCUUCAUUGAGCCCUGAGGGAAAAUGUAUGUAUCUGCUAGAAAUGUUAAACAUGUGAACCAAUUUUUCAUAUCUCUUGACCAGUAGAUGGCGCUGUGCCAAAGCUACUUGUGUACCCUCAGGUCAUGCUUGUGAUGACUUGUACCAAGUUGUGUGUGAAUAUGCUAAAGCUUUGCAGAGAUAUAGCCUCACGUCCAUUUUGGCCUGCUCUUCGUCUAAUUCGUUUGUGCGCUAUAUUCGU